AUGAUCAGCACAACCGAGACCAAGCAGCGCACUGUCGGCGCUCGUUUCGAGACCAAGGACUUGGUCACUUUCGACAAGAGCAUUGUUUACGGUGACUGGCGGGAUGAGUUCCACAAGUAUGGCUGUGUCUUGAUCAAGAAUGUCAUUUCUCCCGAGCGCGCUCAGUACUACUCCGACAAGCAGAUCCAGUGGCUGAAGAACUUCGAGCUCGGCUUUGACGAGAAGGACCCCAACACUUGGACUGCUGAGCACCUCCCAGUCAGCUUCAAGGGUGGCAUGUACUUUGCUUACUCUGCGCCCCAUGAGAGAAUGGCUUGGGAGGCUCGCACUGAGCCCAAGGUUGUUGAGAUCUUCGAGAAGCUCUGGGGUACCAACGAGCUGCUCUGCUCUUUUGACGGGUUUAACAUUUCUAUGCCCAACCGCAAGGACUUGAACUGGAGCCCCUGGCCUCACUGUGAUCAGAACCCGGAGCGCAAGGGUAUGCAAGCCGUCCAGGGUCUCCUCAACUUCGCCCCGAACGGCCCCAAGGAUGGCGGUCUUAUGCUCAUGAAGGGCUCCGCCAACCUCUUCAACGAAUUCUUCGAGCACAAGCGCGAAUCCGCAGACCACGAGGAUGCCCCCCCUCCUGAGAUUCAGUACAUGGACCUGUUCCUCUUCAGCGAGAAGGACAUUAAGUGGUUCGAGGCGCGUGGUUGUGAGAUGGUUAAGAUCAACAUGGAACCCGGUGACUUUGUUCUCUGGGAUUCCCGCACUAUGCACUAUGCUUGCCUGCCCGAGGGUGAGCAGAUCCGCCACGUUCAGUAUAUCUGCAUGACGCCGCGAAAGUUUGCCAAUGAGGAGGCUUUGGAGGCGAAGGCGAAGUGCUUCGAGAACUUUAUGGGUACUACCCACUGGCCUCACUGCAAUAUUCGCCCUGCUGAGGAGAAGCCCAUGCGGAAUGGGGAAGUCUGCCCUAAAUACCGGACUGAGCCUUUUGAGAAGCCCAUCAUCACUGAUCAGGUACUUCAGUUGGCUGGAGUCAAGCCUUACUAG